CAUGCCCUACUACUCGUGACUUCUCGCAGUGACUUGUGGGUACCAGGUGGAACCAAGAUGGCGGCGGCACCGCUGCUCCCGACGCAUCGGCGCUACGUGAACGGUGUUCCCGUGCCGCAGAGACAGACCCUUCGCAUGAGCGAGAAGUUCAUGGUGCUGCUGAUUGUCGCUGCCUUUCUCUUCGUCCUCGUGGGCGCCAUGUUUUUCCUUCCCGAGUUCCGCGAAAAGGUGGUGGGGCCCGGCGAACCCGGGGACAUUUUCCGGCCGCAGCCGCCGGCUUCGCCUCCGGUGGAGGGACUCAAGUUCCACCAGCACGACUUCGACCCCGUCGAGAACGUCGCCAGAGACGUGGUGGACUCUCCCAAGUCCCGAGGGAAACAGGAGCUCGAAAUCGAGCAGGAGAAGGUCCUUCAGGAGGCCAGGCAAGUCCUGAACAAGUUUGGGGACGAUGACGUCAAAAACGACAUAAAACAGGACAAGGCGAAGCUCCAACUGCAGAGAGAGGAGGAGGAAAAGAGGAAACAGGAAGAGAAAAAUAAGGAGCUUCUUGAGGUGAACAGGGUGGACACCGGGGCUGUAGGGGUGAGCGGUGGCGAGCCUACCGACCAGGACACCAAGAUGAAACGGGACAAAAUAAAAGAGAUGAUGAAGUUUGCCUGGGACAACUACGUGCAAUAUGCCUGGGGCCAGAACGAGCUCAAGCCCAUCUCCAAGCGAGGCCACUCCGCCAGCAUCUUCGGCAACUCUGCGAUGGGAGCCACGAUCGUGGACGGGCUUGACACGCUGUACCUCAUGGGGCUCAUGGACGAGUACAAGAAGGGCCGGGAUUGGAUCGCAACCAACCUCAAAAUGGAGGCAACUGCAGACAUCUCAGUGUUCGAGGUGACCAUCCGCUUCGUGGGGGGUCUGCUCGCUGCUUUCGCCAUGACCGGAGAUCAGAUGUUUAAAGACAAGGCUGUGAUGAUCGCUGACAAGUUGCUGCCUGCCUUCAACACUCCUACAGGCAUCCCCUGGGCACUCGUCAACACCAAGAGAGGAAAUGGUCGUAACUGGGGCUGGGCGUCUGGUGGAUCUUCACUUCUGGCAGAGUACGGCACGUUACAUCUGGAGUUCGCCUACCUGACAGAACUGACUGGGAAUUCUGUAUACCUGGACAAGGUAAAAAGAGUUCGAGAGGUGAUCUCAGAACUGGACAAGCCCGACGGACUCUACCCCAUCUACAUCAACCCCAAGACUGGCAAAUGGGGACAAAACCACGCGUCGCUGGGCGCGAUGGGAGACAGUUUCUACGAGUACCUGCUGAAGUCGUGGAUCAUGUCCGGGAAAAUCGACAAUAACGCCAGGAGGAUGUACGACCAGGCCAUGACUGCUAUUGACAAGAUGAUGGUGCAGAAGUCUGCCUCAGGUCUGACGUAUGUCGGAGACUACAAAAACAAGAGAGUGGAGAAGAAAAUGGACCAUUUGUCCUGCUUCUCCGGCGGGAUGUUCAUGUUAGGUGUUGAAGGUGCACCUGAGGAGCUGAAGAACAGGUACAAGGAGCUGGGGACAGAAAUCACCAACACCUGCCAUGAGUCUUACAUCAGAUCAGCCACCAGACUCGGUCCCGAGGCCUUCAGGUUUGAGGGGAACGUGGAGGCCAUGUCCAUCCGGCAGAACGAGAAGUACUACAUCCUCAGGCCGGAGGUCAUCGAGUCCUACUUCUACAUGUGGAGAUUCACGAAGGACACCAAAUACAGGGACUGGGGCUGGGACGCUGCACAGGCCUUAGAGAAGUACUGCAGAACGCCUGGCGGUUUUACAGGUAUUCGAGACGUCUACAACCCAAACCCCGCCCAAGACGACGUUCAACAGAGCUUUUUCUUGGCAGAAACCCUUAAAUAUCUUUACCUCCUUUUCUCGGAGGACACUCUAGUACCUUUAGACUCCUGGGUCUUUAAUACAGAGGCCCACCCUCUCCCUGUAAAGACUUCAAUAGGUGCCAAAGACAGUCAUGCCAACGAUAGAAGGUAGUAUGCUGCAAGGGCUGCUGGAAUGGUCCAUUCCAAACGGGGGCGGGAAGGGGUAGGUUUAGGGAUAACGGGAAAAGCGAAAAUUGCAAUUUCGAAUUUUUAUGAAGAUGACGAUGGAUGAUGUUCGCAAUUGUAGAUGUUGCCGAUUUGUAUAUUGUAAAAAGGAAUCAUGGAAUUUAUAUGUUUGUUUUUUGUGUGUGUGAUUUCGAAGGGACUUAGUAGAGGUGGGGAGGGAAGGUUUCUGAUGUCAAACUGGCCACUUUAGACUUGGAAAGUUUCUAUUAAAAUGUUCAGGGCACCAUAUUGGAGGCCCUACAUUACAGCUUGAUACAAGACAUUAAGUUUAAUUUUGAUAAUUUCAAAUUUAAAGCAUACUUACAGUUAACAGCAAAAUUAUUCAUACCCUUUGUAAUUUUUUAUUGCGUUAAAAGUAAUUAAACUUUUCUGUUAAGUACUAGUGCAAUUUAGAAACAUUGAUAUAAAUGUAGUGUUAUUUUAUACUAUCAGGGUGCAGGUACUUUCAUCGUCGUAUCCUUGUUAAUGCUUAUUUACGAAAGCUGCCAUGUCGAGAAUCGUCUAUUUAUAUACUCGUUUGUUGAAGUUCACCAUAAUACUUUGCAAAAAGCAAGAUUCAGAUGUAAAUGAAUUUUUCAAAUGGUCCAAAUCCUGCUGUACUACAUUUCAUUCUUUAGAAAAAUAACGGGUUUACUUUCCAAGGAAAAUUAAUAAUUGCAGGGUUUGAAUGAUUUUGCUGUCAACUGCACCUUUUUAUCAUGAAGAUUUAUCUCUAUUUCAAUUUAUUUCAGCUAUUUUGACCUACAUGUUGUACAUGUAAAACAAAUCUGAAGAUUUCCAGACUUUCUAGAUCUAAGGUGACCAGUGUUAGGCCUUUUCCACUGAUUUUUCCAACAGUUUCUAAGCCUUUAGAUUUUUUAUGCUGUCUUAAGGAUUUGCAAUCGGUACUAUGCUUUCCAGCAAUACUUGUAGAUGUGCACAAUUCAGCCGGCUUAGUUUGCUUCUACCAGAGAUGUACCAUGUAAUAUGACAAUCAUGUUGGAUGCUUUUUUUUUUGCCCAUCUGUAGCACCUAUGUUUACAUACCUGCACUAGAGUUAGACCAACGUUGUUGUAAAUAACCUUAACAUUCAAACCUUUAUUAUACUUUCAUGGUGGAAAUCAGACUUAAGUUGUGCAUUUUUUCUCUCGCAGUGUUUUCCGUGUCUGUAUUAUUGGGUGCAAUAGCUUGCAAAAAGUAUUGUAUACAUGUAUAACGUUACACUCAAAGUUUCUGACUUGAUUUGAUUUUGAUUUUUACACUCACGAUUUUUGCCAUUGCUGAACAUGGUCAAACCAGGACCAUUUAAUGUGCUCAUGAAGAUUAGACAUUCAGGUAGUUAUACCUUAGUAUACAUGUACAUUGUAUGCCAACUACCAGUUACUCAAGCAACAGGAUAUUUGUCACUAACGAAAGAUAGUGGAUACUAUCUGAAACAUCUGACCGUUACCAAAAUCAUAGCAAAUGCUACCUAAAAUGUCUUAACAUUUCCAAAGUCAUAUCCAGUUGCUGAAGUAAUUGCUUUUUUUCAGGAUCAUUUAUAUCAAACCAUAUCUGCAGGGUUCAAUAUUGGUGUAUGAUCUGUGUUGCUCUGUAUUGGAGCAAAUGUAUUAGUAAAGGUUCAGUAGCCUAGAACAAGUUUGUAGCUUCCUGAUGAUUAAUCUCCAAGCAGAUGUUUGGUCCAACACAGUGACAGUGCUUUAUGAAACUUUUUUGCAGCAUUAUGUAAUCUCCAGGCAGAUCUGCUGGUGGCAUAAGGACUUUAGCUGGCCAAGGAGUGUUCUGAGCCACCAGCCAUUUAACUCCUUAUGCCACUGGUAGAUCUGCUUGUAUAUUAUCACUUAAGUUUUAAAUGUACUUUUUACUUGUUGCCUUGUCCUAAGGAAAGUUGCAGAAAGAAAAAUUCAGACCCCCCCCCCCUUAAGUACGAAAAGCCUCAAAAACAUGCAAAACACUGAAGCCAAACCUACGUCUGCUUGAGAGUACCUAAUAAUGGCAAUGGUUUAUUUGUUCACUGUCAUAGUACUACAUAAAAAUAGCCCAUUGAAUGUAUUUAUUGGAGACUUCAUGUAUUUAAAGCUUAAUGCCGGCUUGGUUUUUUGCAGCUAUUUAUUCUCUCUACAGCCUUUUAGCUUGUUUGUUAGUCCAAGAGUUACUAGGUUAUGUUACUGUCAGUUUGAACACAUUUAUAGUGUCUGACUGUUGUCCCAAAUAGCUUCUUACAACUGCACCUAUGCACUAAGUUAGUAUUCAAACUAAGUUCUUACAUUUCACAGCCCAAAAGGGAAGCAUUGUGAGGAAAAUGUAUCGGAUUAACUUGUGGAACCAUUUAAACUUGCAUACCGAAUACUGUAUUCUGUCAGAGCUUGAGGUCUUGCAUUUGUAUGAUACAAUGUAUAAAAGAUGCUGUAGAAAUUUUGGGAGUGAAGCGAUUGGAAGGAUCAUUAGCUAGUGUUGCUAUCAUUUGUCAUGUGUACAAAAUUUCUAUCUUAGGUUUGUUUUUAUGGGACCAACUUUAUGUCCAUAUACGUCCAUGGGUAUGUUUUUUUUUAGUCCUCUUCUGGCCAAUAUCUGUUUAGAACAACAUUUAUUACUUGAACACUACCAUAUUUGUGAUAUUAUUCUAGAAGGUCACUCCACAUGAGCAAGAAAGCUUAAACGCCCUUCAUUUUCAAUCCAUUCCUGUAAAAAUAUCAACAUCUUUUUAAUCACUGGGUGUUAUCUUGCUCUUAGUAGUUUAUGCAUACACCACAUCAUCAUGAGUUUGGAAAAUUUCUUUGUCGAUUGUUGCAAUAGUUUUGAAUGUUGUCUAAGGCCAUUGUUGAUUUGAUUAUAUGGAUGACAUUCUCUGGGAAACUUGAGACUGAUGCGAAUGUGCAAUAAAAAUGGUCCUCAUUUUGGAAUACAAGCGGUCAGGAAGAUUGAACAAUGACAUAACACACAGAAUAUGGUGUGAGGAACAAUAGAUUUUUUCAUCAUCAUUUUUUUCGCGUCUUUCUUCUCUGACCUUGGAAUUGACAGUGACAUUUGAUGCUAAAGUAUGCAUUUCCCGAUACCUUUUGGCAAUCUAUCGUAUUUUUCAGCUGCUUUGUACGAUGUUCAGUUUGGUUCAAAACGUUUUUUCUUUGGAAAUAGUCAAAAAUUUAUAUGUGUGCGUAGAUGUCAUCCAUAUUAUCACAUCAAAUUGGCCUAAUUUGGAUAAAAACUGUGUUGUUGGAGGAUAAUGAGAAUCUUGAAUUUCUGAAUAGAGUAGAUUAUCAUAAGUGGCUGGAGUAGAAUUAAGUUGACCCAUGUAAGUUUUGUCACCUUUCUUCAAGGAACCUCCUUAUGUCUUUUUCAAAUGAAAAUCUUUUAUGCAAAAACCUUUGUUUGCACCCUGAUAUCACAGGGUGGAAGUUUUGCUUGUUGGACUUGAGAAAUUUAUUGAAUAUUCCAAAUUGCCCAUGUGUUUGUUUAUAGAUUUAGUAGAACGUCUUGGUAUCAUUCAGGUAAUACAUACCAAGAAAUAUCCAAAUGUAAAUGUUUGUCCUUCAGGCAACAUCUCGCCCCCCUCCUCCCUUCUCCACAGAUAAGGUAUUCUGAGGUAAUCUGAUCCUCACCCUCCAUGUUUGUAACCUGUAUGAUUGACAGGUCUGUGGGACAAUGUGAGAAGCAACAAGAAGUCAGAGAUGUGCAUUUUCCCUGUUGUGUAAAUAGUGCACAUAUUUUUAUGCUAUCAGGGACAACAAUGUGAUGUAAAGAAAUAAAACUUAGCCACCUUCUGAAUUUGUUCUACAAUUUUGAAAUACUUUCUUGAUUUUAGAAUCACGCAAUUGUUUUUGUGACCUAGGAGAUUAACCUCCUUGUUGUGAUGAAUUUUUCUGUGCACCAUUUACAGUGUACGACUGAUUGAAAUGUUUUGAAGCAACUGUACAUGUACAUGUAGUUAGCAAAGGGUCCUGUUUCCCAUGAUUUAGUUCUGUAGUUGUCUCCAUUGGUUGGUGUGCUUUUAUGUUAGGCUCACUGUUCUGUAAGUGGAAAAGAUGUACAGUGUAUCAUUAAAUUAAAGGUAUAAUUUUUCGACCAAUUUA